UGGCGGUCGCGGUGGCGGUGGCGGUGGCAGUGACUGGCCUGGUGGCGGAGGCAGCUGGCCCGAGACCCGGGAGAUUGUGGCGCACUCGGAGCCCCUAGGGCGCGUGGCACGGGCAGCUGGGUGUGUGGUCCUGUGGGGAGCCGGGGACCCCAGCCGCCCGGCACGAUGAAUUACCUGAAUGUGCUGGCCAAAGCCCUCUAUGACAACGUGGCCGAGUCCCCAGACGAGCUCUCCUUCCGCAAGGGCGACAUCAUGACGGUGCUAGAGCGGGACACACAGGGCCUGGAUGGCUGGUGGCUCUGCUCACUGCAUGGACGCCAAGGCAUCGUGCCCGGGAACCGCCUCAAGAUCCUGGUGGGCAUGUAUGACAAGAAGCCAUCCGGGCCUGGCUCUGGUCUGCCCACCACCCCAGCCCAGCCCAUCCUCCAUGCCGCUGUGAUGCCCCCGGCCUCCCAGUAUACACCCAUGCUCCCUGCCACAUACCAGUCCCCGCCAGACAAUGUCUACCUGGUGCCCACCCCAGGCAAGGCUCAGCACGGCCUCUACCAAGCCCCUGGGCCCAGCCCACAGUUCCAGUCACCCCCGGCCAAGCAGACGUCCACGUUCUCAAAGCAAACACCCCAUCACCCGUUUCCCGGCCCGGCCCCAGACCUCUACCAGGUGCCCCCAGGGCCUGGCAGCCCUGCCCAGGACAUUUACCAGGUGCCGCCUUCAGCUGGAAUGGGGCAUGACAUCUACCAGGUCCCCCCAUCCAUGGACAUGCGCAGCUGGGAGGGGACAAAGCCACCAGCAAAGGUGGUGGUACCCACCCGCGUGGGGCAGGGCUAUGUGUACGAGGCCUCCCAGCCAGAGCAGGAUGAGUAUGACAUACCGCGCCACUUGCUGGCCCCAGGGCCCCAGGACAUCUAUGACGUGCCACCUGUGCGAGGACUGCUUCCCAGCCAGUAUAGCCAGGAGGUGUAUGACACACCCCCGAUGGCUGUCAAGGGCCCCAAUGGCCGGGACCCAUCGCUGGAUGUGUAUGACGUGCCCCCCAGCGUGGAGAAGGGCCUGCUACCGCCCAGCCACCACAUGGUGUAUGAUGUUCCUCCAUCGGUGAGCAAGGACAUGCCUGACGGUGCACUGCUGCGUGAGGAAACGUAUGACGUGCCCCCCGCCUUCGCCAAGGCCAAACCCUUUGACCCAGCCCGCCACCCACUGGUUCUUGCUGCACCCCCUCCUGACCCGCCGCCGGCCGAGGAUGUGUACGACGUGCCCCCUCCUGCUCCUGACCUCUACGAUGUGCCUCCUGGCCUGCGGCGGCCUGGCCCUGGCACCCUCUACGACGUGCCCCGUGAGCGGGUACUUCCACCUGAGGUGGCCGACAGCAGUACGGCCGACGAUGGUGUGUACGCAGUACCCCCCUCAACUGAGCGCGAGGCCCCAGCUGACGCCAAGCGCCUAUCAGCCUCAAGCACGGGCAGCACGCGAAGCAGCCAGUCCGUGUCCUCCCUGGAGACAGCGGUGCCGGGCCGUGAGCCACUGGAGCUGGAGGUCGCCGUGGAGGCUCUGGCUCGACUGCAACAGGGUGUGAGUGCCACUGUGGCCCACCUCCUGGACCUGGUGGGCAGCACAGGUGGGGGUGGGGGCUGGCGCAGCACCUCCGAGCCUCAGGAGCCCCCCAUGCAAGACCUGCGAGCUGCUGCGGCCGCUGUCCAAGGGGCCGUACAUGAGCUGCUAGAGUUCGCCCGCAGCGCCAUCGGCAAUGCUGCCCAUACUUCCGACCGUACCCUGCACGCCAAGCUCAGUCGGCAGCUGCAGAAGAUGGAGGAUGUGCACCAGACACUGGUGGCACAUGGCCAGGCCCUCGACAGUGGCCGGGGAGGCUCGGGGGCCACUUCUGAGGACCUAGACCGCUUGGUGGCCUGCUCACGGGCUGUACCUGAGGACGCCAAGCAGCUAGCCUCCUUCUUGCAUGGCAAUGCCUCACUGCUCUUCAGAAGGACCAAGGCCCCUGCUCCGGGGCCUGAGGGGGGCGGCCCCCUGCAUCCCAACCCUGCCGACAAGGCCUGCAGCAUCCAGUCACGGCCUCUGCCCUCACCCCCCAAGUUUACCUCCCAGGACUCGCCAGAUGGGCAGUAUGAGAACAGCGAGGGGGGCUGGAUGGAGGAUUAUGACUACGUCCACCUACAGGGGAAGGAAGAGUUUGAGAAGACACAGAAGGAGCUGCUGGAGAAGGACAGCAUCAUGCGGCAGGGGAAAGGCCAGCUGGAACUGCAGCAGCUGAAGCAGUUUGAGCGACUGGAGCAAGAAGUAUCGCGGCCCAUUGACCACGACCUGGCCAACUGGACACCUACCCAGCCCCUGGUCCCAGGGCGGACAGGCAGCCUGGGGCCCUCCGACCGGCAGCUGCUGCUCUUCUACCUGGAACAGUGUGAGGCAAACCUGACCACACUGACCAACGCAGUCGACGCCUUCUUUACCGCCGUGGCCACCAACCAGCCGCCCAAGAUCUUUGUGGCACACAGCAAGUUCGUCAUUCUCAGUGCCCACAAGCUAGUGUUCAUUGGGGACACACUCUCGCGGCAGGCCAAGGCGGCUGACGUGCGUAGCCAGGUGACCCACUAUAGCAACCUGCUGUGUGACCUCCUACGUGGCAUCGUGGCUACCACCAAGGCCGCUGCCCUGCAGUACCCGUCACCUGCUGCCGCCCAGGACAUGGUGGACAGGGUCAAGGAGCUAGGCCACAGCACCCAACAGUUUCGCCGGGUCCUGGGCCAGUUGGCAGCUGCCUGAAAGCAGAUGACCGGAUGGUGGCAGGGGAAGGGCAGCAACGGUCCAGGCUACCCCAGUCGUCAUGAGUCACUGUGCCACAGACUGGGAACAGGCAGUUCCAGCUCUGCUUAGGCCCAGUGCCCCAGACUGCCCAGGGAUGUGUACAUAUUUAUGACGGGGCAGGAUGUGGGACGGUGCCUACUCAGAGGAGCUAAGCCCAGGAACGGGGCUGGUGGUCUUCCCUGAGUGCCGCUGCCCUGAUGGGGAGGGCCCAGGUGGCUGCAAACACAGGGCCAGGCCAGGGGUGUAGCAGGUCCCUCAGCCCACGGGGCCUCAUGUGACCCCUGGGAUGACCCUAGUCCCCCGUGUCAUGUUCCCUAACAGGGAAAAUGCAGCUUGGUGUGUGUGUUCCUUCUCUGCACCAGGAGAAAACCCUAAAGAACUAUUUUUCAUUAUUGAUUUUCCAAUCAUUUGACUAAUAGUCGACAUUUAAAUAAAAUUAAAAAAAAAAUGGAAAGCAGCCUCUGAGGCGUGAGAGAGGGCCCGUGUGCAGGAAAGGUGGUUUACAGGGAUCAGUGGUGAGUGGCCCAUCAAGAACUUUUUUCUUAGAAGUUCAUCAUUUCACCUGCAGCACUUUGAAAGUGUUUUAGUUUCAAUUACACAGGGACUUGGCUUCGAAGUCAGAGGGAGGGCACCCCGAGGGGACCAUUGCUCUGGGUCAGUGUGCCCUCCCUGUGGUGUCCAGGCAGGCUGGGGUUUGUGCACCUGCCCUGCUUUGUGUGGAGAGCAGGCCCAGUGGAGGUAUAGCCUCAGGCUCUGCUUUGCUGCCAGGGCUGAGUCCCCACGGCCCCUCCAGGCUUGCCUUGUCCCUGCCCUCUGGGUCUGGGCUCAGGAUUCUCUGAUGAGAGGCUGGGCACAGGAGUGUGGUGGGGGUUGGGGGCUACAGGGAAUCAGGAGAUGCUACUCUCAGCUGACCAUGCUAUAUGUGACUCCGGGCCUCAGUUUUCAUACCUGUACAAAUAAUGGGGGUGGGCUGGGUAGUCUGUCAGCCCUCUUAUCUCUAAAUUCCACAGAGGGGACUCCAGUGAAGGCAGCUCUCCCAGCCCCUUAGGCACAUCACCCCCCAGCUCCCAGCCCACCCCAGUGAGGACACAGAAGUGAAGAACCAAGUAGUUUCUGGGGUUUUAUUUGGGUUUACACAGAUGUGGAGGGUAGGGGCAGGUGGGCUCGUUUGGCCUCCAGAACCUCCCACACCCAGGGCAUAAGCUUGGUGAUGCAGGUGUACACACCUGGUGAGAAAGAGUGACACUGGCCACUGCCCCGGGACAUGAUGCCUGCCAGGGUCCAGGCUCCAUCCUUCUGGCAUCUACUCCUGGAGGGAGCUGGGUGGGGGCUGACCCCUCAACCUGAUCAGUGUGUAAAACGGACUGAAGACCCCAGCUCACGGGACUAGUAUGUGGAUGAAAUGUCCAAGGGAACCCUCCCUUAAUCUGGGGCAUUUAUUACCGUUAGCCUCGGCUUCUGCUGGGGCCCGGGGCAGAAAGGAGUGGGGGGCCCUGGCGUCCAGGGAAGGGGUUAUGUGCUUCGCCGGCCCACCAGGGGCUGGAGCAGUGAGGUUGGGCAGGGUGGCGUGAGGUGGCUCUACCAUGCAGGAGACGCCGCUGGCCCCGGCAUAGUCCAUUAUGUCCGUGAUCUUGCUGCCGCAGUACUUCUUGCAGUCCAAGUUGGACAGGAAGGGCAGGGUUGACUGCUGCGGUUUCUCGGGGGUCUUGUUGGCUGGAGGGACAAGGGAUGGAGUAAGGGCCAGUCAUCCCGCCCAGCCCACCCCGGUGGAGGUGGAUCAGGGCCCCUGGAGACGCCCGCCCUGCCCUUGCGGAAGAUAAUGGGAAUCCGCGCUCUGCGCCUUCCCUAGAUUUCCUUAAGAAGGUUCUGUGGGGCGUAGUUCCUUUCACGUUCCACACCAGGGAGUGGGUAACUUUGCUUAAGCAAAGUUAUUAAAGCAAACCCUGCCGAGGCUCGGCUCAGCCUUAGCAGCAGCUGCCAUGAUGGAGGUAGGCGGAAGGCCCUGUAUUCUCUUCCGGGGCAGGGUGUGUAUUUCCUGUGACCCGAGACGGGCCAGAGACCUGCCGCUAUGGUGAGCGGCAGGAGGCGCCCCCCCACAGGCCUGGGUGCCUGUGUCCCGUUGGAGAGAAUGAAGGGCCAGCCGGGGUGGGCCGAGGCCGGGUCAGAGGGCCCUGGGGUUCCGGGGGAGGAAAAUCAGGCCGGACUCCCGGAGCCUCAAACUGGGCCUGAUAUUUGACUCCCGGCCAAGACUUGACACACACGCUUUGCUCAAGUCUGGAGCCGAGUCCGGGCUGGAAACGCGGCGCCGCUGCCCAGCUCAUUGCAGGUCAGUGAGGGCCGUGCUUACUAUAUCCCGGUGUUUCUUCACAAGGUCACUGUCCAAGUGUAUCACUGCUGUACUUUGUUUUCAUUCAUGUUUGAUAUAUUUUUAAUUGAGAAUUUUACAUAAAGAGCUGGAAUGCUUUAUAAGUGUGCCCGGAAUUUAGACCAAAAAAACCCACAAUUGAGCCUCAUACUCCUAAAAAGCCCCCAUAGGGGACCCUCACUGUUCUGCCUGGUCUUGCCGCAGCGUGUAACGGUGCAGAGGGAGCCCACGGGGAAGUUGCCGCUGGCGCUGGGCAGGCAAACGGGGACAGGGUCUCAGAGAGGCAGGCGAGCACGGCCAGCAGGGUGAUGUCAUUGUAGACUGUCCGCUGACCCCACAGAGCGUGUUCAAACACCUGUGGGGUGGGCUGGAGAACAUGGGAAUAAAAGGGGAGGCUGGGGUCUGAUAGGGCUGGACAGAGAAUCUGGGGGCGGGGAACAAAGGCUGAUGGGAACAUGACACAUGACAUUUUGACAUGUUAGCGAUGUUUGUUCACAUUUCUCUACAAUGAGCGUGAAUUAUUUUAUAAUAAAAACAAGCUCCCAUAUUUUAAAAGGGGCUUUAUUAUUAGGGGUAGAGAAAGAAUUGUGGGAGAGGCGCUCAUGAGCACUGGAGGCAGAGAGGGCAGGUGUGGGGCACACCUGAGCCCUCGGGGCCGGGGGCUCCUGUGACUACACUCCCUGCCUUCCUAGCCCCCCGAGCCCCCAGGAGCCCUGGCCACAGCCCACCCACCUCCAUACCUGCCCAGCUGUACCUCAGCAAUCUCAGCAACUGGAUGGCCUCCUGCUUGCAGCUGCAGUCAGACGCUCUGACCACCACCUGGUGGCUCCUCCUGGAGAGAGAGGAGGUGGCAAAGGUGCUCAGGCUCAGGACUGCCUCUUCAGAGGGGUUCGGGAAGAGUGUCAGAUAGGAUGGGCCCCAGCUGGGCCACAGAAUCUCAUGAUGACCUUGGAGUAUACCUUUCUCACUCUAGGUCUCAGUUUUCCCAUCUGUUUAAUGAGGGCACAGAACUAGACCAGUGUUCCCCAAACUGGGGUCUUGGUGGCCUAGGGUUCUGGUUGAGGUUGGGAGUGGGUGAGGGUCAUUCUCUGACAGCCCAGGGGCCCCAACUGCCUGAGUCCCAGCCUCACCGACCCGGCAGUGGGCAGCAGUGACCACCCAUUCCUCACUGAUGAGGGAGCCCCUGCAGAAGUGGAAGCCAGAGCUGGUCUGUGAGAGGGGAGUGUGGGGAGAGUUGGCCUUGCCCUUGCCCCUCUCCUGCUCCACCUCUGCUGUAGGUCUCCCUCCCCCUACCCUUCCUCAGCCUUCUCACCUGCAGGGAUACCUGCCAGGGAUAGGAGGCAGGGACACCAUCCUCCCCACUGACAAUCCUGGACAAGCCACUCAGCUCAGAAUGGAUGGUGGGGACCCUGCAGACUGGGGGCAGAGACAGGGUGGCUGGUUGGUUGAUGGUAUCCCAAGAGGGCAGGGCUGGAGCCCGACAUUUCCAGGCCUCUGCAGUGCCCAGAGCUUUGACUCUUCCAGGGCACUCAGCCACUGCCCUGCUCAGCAGCCACUCUCAGGGGCCCUGU